AUGGACCGCACCAUUGCCCUUGUCACAGGCGCCAACAGAGGCAUCGGACGUGAGAUUUCCACUCAGCUAGCCAGGGAUCAUGAUUAUAUCGUGCUCCUAGGCUGUCGCAAUGCGACCAUCGCUGCUGACAUGGCGUCGGAGCUACAGGUGGGGGCCUCUGCGGUGCAAACAAUCGAGCAGAAAUAUGGUCGCCUGGACGUGCUUGUCAACAACGCUGGCGUACUGUUAGACGCCUGGGCACCCGGCAUGACCAAAUUGUCGACACGCGAGGUGUAUACGAGAACUUACACGACAAAUGUUGUAGGCACCGCAUGCCUGACAGAGGCACUACUGCCGCUCUUGCGCAAGGCUAGUCCAACGCCUCCGCGGGUUGUGUUUGUCUCAAGCCAUCUUGGAUCCUUGGCUGAAGGCCUGAACCGCCAAGGCAUGUUCUUCCACGCCGAUCUCCAAGCCUACAUGUCCAGCAAAGCGGCCGUCAACCGUAUGGCCCUCGUUUACUCACGCAUGCUCGAGGAUGUGGGAGGAUUCGUCAACCUGGCUGCCCCGGGCUUUGUUCAGACCGAUCUCACCAACAACCAUCCGGAAGGCGUCACGGCACGGGAAGGGGCCAAGCGCAUCGUCGAGCUAGCAGUGAGUAAAGACGGACCGACCGCCACAUUCACAGAUAAGAAUGGCCUUGUGCCCUGGUAG